CUUAGAAGUUACCGCCUAAUGGCUUAUAGCAUCCUAAAUACUUCUGAACAUCUCCUUAAACACUUACUUAAGCCUUGUCCUAACACAAAACGUAGGGGUAACACAUUGAAACUAGAGACUCAACACAGCAGAAUGAGAUGUAGACAUACCUUCUACUCCUUAAGAGUAGUCAAACAAUGAAAUUCACUGCUGGCUGAGCUAGUACAAGCGAUUUCUCAGGAGUCAUUUAAGAGAAAACUUGACAUGUUCUUAAGGACUAAAGAUAGUAUCUUACAAUGGUUCCUGCCUGGAGGUAUUGGUGGUCCACUACUAUUAGAUACGGAAGCCCGUUAAGCGAGAGCUUAUAUUCCUUCCAAAACCAUUUGACCCAUUUGGUUGUUGGGUCACAAUUUCGAAUGGUUUAGCUGAACAGAACCAUAUCUCAAGUUGUAUAACUCAAUAAUGUUGAGUUCUGAGAGAAAAAUUGCUAUCAAGCUGGUUCUUCUUACCAUGUUUACUCAAUCAUUCUGGUCUGGAUUUCAAUUUCUCACGAACCAGUUUAUAUAUUAUAGGUUUCUAAAGGACGCAGGUCUACCCUACGAACCUUCUCCACAAAACAAAUCCAUUCCUGAUCAGGACAAGGAAUUGAAAGAUGAAGUUCAAAAGAGGACUGCACAUUUACUCCCCUUAUUGAGUGCUUCAUUAUUAAUUCCUGGACUUUUGUCGUCGUUUAUGAUCAGUUCACUUUCUGAUCAUUAUGGUCGACGUGUAGCGAUGGGAGUUUUGUUUGGUGGUUUAACUUCAAACAUAAUCGUUUCAUCGCUUGUGAUUUUACUUGAACUGAAUUUAUACUUAUUAGUUCUGGGAAAUUUAACGUGUGGUUUUCUUGGCGGAGGCUUGCUUACAUUUUCAGGCCAAAUUUCAGUUUGCUUUGCUGAUAUUACUAAGAUUCCUGAUGAAAAAGAGCCAUUAUUAGAUAACUCUAAAUGUCAACAAGCUUCAUUGGAACGUCAACGACUUUCGUAUAUGGGAAUUUACGAUGGUGUUUGUGUUUUAGCAAGUGCCGCAGUGGUGUCAGUUACAGGUGUUCUUAUUGACCACUAUAGUUUCAUUACAACUUGUUUGAUAAUGUUAUUUCUUUGUUUAAUAUCGGUGGGAAUGUUAUGGUGUUUACCAGAAACACAAUCUUUCAAUAUACAAACAGUUGAUAUCUCUUCUUUUAAUAAUAAUUUCAAUAGUAAUAUCUCUGUGUGUAAUACAGAAUUUUAUUCAUCUAAUCAGUCAGAAUCAUAUAAGAAAAACUGGCUUUUGAAGUCAACCGAGAUGAUUAAUCUAGUUCAAAAUGCCAAUAUUAUCACAGUUUUAGUCUUAACAGUUUUGUUCUUGACAACAUUGACUACAUAUAAUGAAGGUCAAUAUACAUUUUUAUAUUUAAUGGGACCUCCAUUCAAUUGGUCUGUUGAUCAAUAUGGUUAUUUUAGUGGAUUAAAUUCUACUCUUCUGGGUUUAUUGUCGUUUGGAUUAACUUGGAUUACUACUCAUUGGAUGAAAGUUGUUAAACGGCAUCGGAUAUCUGAAGCAUCAGAACCUUUACUUACUAAUCAAUCAGUUUCCGGGUACGAUUCUAUUCAUGAAGUUGAUUCAGUUGAUCAUAAUAAUAACAGUAUUAGUAGUAGUUCAUUGAAUAUAAUUAUUCAAAAUGAAGUAUUGCGAGCACGUCGACGCAUGAUAAAGUAUGUAAUAUGUGGAAUGAUUGCAAUUGUAAUUAGUAAAUUGCUUAUGGGAUUAGCAUUUUUGUUUCCUUCACCUGGCCAUAAUAUUGCCGUAUUUGUUAGUCUAUUUGUAUCUAUCUUUCGAUCAGCUGUUGUACCGGUGCUCAAAUCAUUCACAUCAUCUCUAUAUACUUCCAAACUUCAAAGCAGCUUAUUUUCUGUGAUUGCACUAUCUGAAUACUUGAGUCUUCUUAUUGGUAUUGGUAGUUUACCGUAUAUUUAUGCAGCGACGGUAACAUUUUGUUCUGGUGCAGUGUUUUUUGUCUCAUCAGGAUUAGCUUUAGUUGCUUUUAUUCUACUUUUAUACAUUUCACGUUAUACUAAAAAAGAAAUAAAGAAUACUGAUUUCAAUCAAUCGAAUAUUAUCGAAAUAGUAGAUACUGUUAAUACUUAGAAACAAGUAGAAUCAUUCCAUUUUUUCCAUUGGACUAUGAAUAUGGUUAUUGGUUAUCCUUGGGAUCUCUUUUUUCGUCUUCUUUUUAUGUAAAUAAUUGUUUUCUUUUUGUUGUUAAUUUUUACAGCUAUUUUUCUUCUUUUAAAUGAAUCUCAAGUAAACUUAUUAUACCUUUUUUUGAAAUGAAGAAUUUAAGGUUUGAUUAAACUUUGGCUUUAUAAUAUAAUAAAUUUUAUUUAUAAAAUAAUUACAUAAGACAUUUUGAUUUACAUCUAUGAUUAAGUUGGACACAUGAAGGUAUGCCACAUGUAAAAG